CCUGGCAGCGUGGGCUCCUCAUGCUGCCCCACACCCCAGGAACUGGGAUGCUCUCACAGUUAUCCACACUGCUGGCUGAAGGAAGAGCUGCCUCCUCACAGGCUGUAGGCAAGGUGGGUGGCUGGUUUUCAUAUCCAGGCUGAAGUCCUCCAUAUGGAAUUAGGAGCAAGCCUGUCUUUACAGCCCAACAAGUAUGCUAUAGACCAAAGUAAACUACUUCAAAAUGUAUAGUGACUUAAUCCUACAGUCUUGCUGAAUGUAGGGAGGCGUGGCAGUGUGUUGUACCCAUGGACCUCCAGGGACUCUUCAGACAUGGGGAUCAGAUGGUUGUGAAUGAGCUGAUAUUAGCUCAUAUGCUUGGACUCUCAUUUCCUCAAGUGCUCCUGCUUCUCUUGAAUACAGUAUCUUUGCAACUUUUGAGCUAAUGUUCUUGCCUAUCCUCACAGCAGAGGCUAACUCAAACUUCCUUCCUGAUAGCCCCAAGCAAUUAAAAAGAAAUUACGUCUUGGGUGCAGGAUAGUGUGCGUGGACGCCAUUAGUGUGGGUGGUGGGUGCUGAUGGGCUGCAGGUACAGGUACAGAGGUGCAGUUAACUUGCAGACAGUUCCAUGGAAAACAGAGUGAUGUGAUACAGGAGAGCAAGGAAACUGGUGAUGGGGAAGAAUGGCUACACCAAAGGGCUGAGCAGCCCAUGUGGUUUGGAACUGUGGUUGCCUGUGGUGGAUGGCUGCCCAGGCUACUUGGCUCUGCAGCAGGAACACAGCUUUACUUGUUCAGGCCCAGGAGAGCCAGGGCAGGAUGAAGAGAGCAGUUGUGUUGGCAGCCAGAGAUGGGUCUGUCCUGAGUCCUCUCUGGCCUUCCCAGUUCCAGCUGGAUAGAUGUUUCCACACACUGUUUAACAGCUGGUGUCCACAGGGACUGGCAGAAGUGUAAAUGCUCAUAUUCUGCCAUUCUCUCUUUCAGAUGGAGAAGUAGUACAGGGCAUCCUGUUUGGACCCUCAGCCAUCCACACAGUGGGGCUGGAGCCAACCCUGCUUUUCCUCGCUGGUUGGAGGGUGACUCCUGUGGGAGCAGAGGUCUGCAGUGCUGUCACCAGCAGGGAGACCCCCAGCUUGGGCCCUCAGCACUGUGCAGAGCCUGGCAAGGGGAAAGGACAUAAAAAGAGAGCUUGGCUCUUCUCCCUCCCCACUAGAAGCUGGUGAGGGGCUGCCAAGGGCUUUGCAGCAGGGAGAAGAAAGACGGCGUUCAUGGGAGCUGCGUGACUCUGAGCUGGUGGGCUGGGAGCCAGGCACGUCAGCACCUGAUGGGCCAGCGCAGGAGGAAGGGCUUCCUGCUCCUCACUCCUCACCUUCUCCAGAGGAGCCCUUUCAAGGGGUCCCAGCCCAGUGUAGUGAUGUCUCUCCAGCCCAGAACAGGCAGGACAGUGGGGCAGGACUGUUGUCUGUGUGGGGCAUUGCACUGGCACAGUGUGCUGGGGAGGUCUUUGCCCAGGAGCCUGGUUUGUUCACUGCUACCCUGGACCAUGCUGGCUGAGACAGCUGCCCACAAUUCCUCCUGCCUGCCUGUGUCCUCCACCAGAUUUGGGGGACCUGGAUCAGUCCUUUUGCCAUCUUUGCAGACUGCAAAGAAGCAGCCUCCAUUUAUGCACUGGCUGUGUGGUGGCUGCACAGAUCAUUCCCAGAGAGAGUGCAGGGCUAGGGCUGUGGGGGCGACCCUGGGGGCUGGACAACCAUCACCUCUCACAGAAGAUCCCUGCCCCUUCUCCAGGCAGGCUGGAGCCUGCCUAGAAAAUCCUUCCUCCAGAAGCCACUGGACAGAGGAGCCCUUGUGCAGCCUUUUUGGAGAGGUGCCUGGUACCUGCUGAGGCAGAUUUUCCACUUCCCAGUGAACAGAUGCCUGGCUAUGGCUGGGCCAUAUGGUGUUUUGGACUCACAGCUCUCCCAGCACAACCUCUCCUCCAGCCUUACAAGCAGGUGAGAUUGCUCAGGGCUCUGAUCCCUGGCGACAGCUCCCUGCAGGCUGUGGGAGCUGCCAACAGUCUGGUGCAGGGGGAGGUGUGACAGGUCUGUGCUUGGAGUGUGUGCCUCUGGGAAGUGCCACCCAGUCAGUGUGGCCUUGAUGCUGGGUCACUGUUCCUGGAGAGGUUUGGUUGUGUAGGGGGCUUGCCCUGCUAGCCCAGCAUCUGAGGAAAGCACACCAUGUGAUGAGGGUGAGUAAACAGCACUUCUGGUUUGUGGUCAAGGUUGAUUGUGACAUCCUGUGGACACCUCUGAGGCUGGGAUGAAAUCAGACUCUGCCUGCCUGCCAAGAGUCUAUAGCAGAGCCAGAAUCUUUGGAUUCACAAUCUUAGCUGUAAGCCAUUCCUACACGAGCUACUACAUCCUUCCUGACUUCUCCAGCAGUCUCUGCUGCUUUUCUCACUCAGGUUUAUUGGGUGAGCGAUUGCCCGAGGCUCAGCGUCAGCAGUUGUGCUCACUGUCAGGCCAUGUGGAUUUGAGAUGGGAAGGGAGGAGCUGGCAGCUUUGCCCUUUGGCAGCAUGUUGCAGGGUAUACAGCCAGCCAGCUUCCUUGCCAACCUGUAAGUUUGGCCCCUUGCUCCAGUGCUUCUCUGGCUUGUCCUGUGGGCUGAGGGUUCAUCCCACUCAUGCUGUAGCUGCUCUGCUAACUUAUCCUUCAGCUCCCUGUGCCCUUAUGCUUGUACACAUGGUGCUGUCAGCUCAGCUGCCUGGGUGCACUUCUGACUCAUCAUGUGCAGCCUGGGCAGCUCCCCAUUUCAUUACUGUUAGGAGUUCAUGGCAGUGGCCUGUGAAACUCUGUUCCCCUCUUCCCCACCCUGCUCAGUCCCAUGCCCCCAGGAGGGACAAAGCCUAUGGAACUGUCUGCCUUGACCAGGAUAUCCCUAGCAGAGAUGCUGUGCCUGUCUGGGAUGUUCUGUGUCGUGGUCUGUCCCUGGCACCUCUCUCCUGUGGAGAUUUCUGCAGCACAGCACAGGAUCCCAAGAUCCUGUGCCAGUGCAGGGCAGAGGAGCUGGUGCUUCCCCAGCCCUUCUGGCAGGGACCAGCCAUUUCCAUCUGCAUAAUGGAGACUGUAGCACAACCACCAUCAACCCACUCUGAGAUAUUUUUAGGCCUGGCUGUGCUGAUGAGGGAGAGAUGACAGGCUCACUCCACAUCCAGACCAUGCAAUGCCUCUCCCAGCUGCAGCCACCUGGUGCAAUGGGAGAAGUGUGGGCUGUUCCCCCAGAGAAGGCAGCACUUACUGGGUGCUGUGGCUCUGGGCUUGCUGGGAGCAGCUACUGGUGCUGGAUACCACCAUCCUUCUCCCUCUGAACUUGUUCAGCUUCUCUGCUUCUGAGAAAGCAGCUUAAUGAAUUCCCCAGGCCUCACUGGCUCUUGACAUUAAGGGUAUUUGCUGGCUUGUGAAGGAAAAGGAAGGACGAAGCUGUGGGACUGAAGCAUGGCAGUGACACACUUGCACACAGUCACUUGCUGUCACAGAAUUGGGGAGCCAUUUCAGCUGAGGAAUUUGGCUUUUCUGCAGGGCCUGAGGCUUGCUGGAAAGUUCUAUGGAAGAGGAUAUCAAGGCUUCCGCUUUUCAUCAGAGCCCUGUGUGGGGCUGCAACUGCUGGAGUGGGAGGAGCAGUAGUUUGGAGGUGACUGGGGUGAGUUGAUGGAGGACAGAGAUCUGGGGCACAAGGCUGUCUCCUGUGGCCAGGCUUGUCUGAAGCUGGUCCCUCAGCACUGCUGGGGAGGCCUUGCAUGAAACAGGUCCCCAAUGCCCUGGACACACACAAUGACACAGUGCUGUUGGGCGGUGACAUUGCCAAGCCAUGACUGUGUUGUGGGUGCUGGCAGAGGGGAGAACUGUCCUGCACAGGGUCUGUGGCUGGGUUAGAGGGGAGCUAGGCUGGACUGGAGCAGGCUGCUCUACCCAGCUUCACACCAGGGCUCAAAUGCCAACCUGGGUACGUUGUAGGUGCUGGACUCUGAACACAAGACUUUUCUGGGUGACUGCAGAAAGCAGUGGUGCUAAUCUUCCCCAUCCACAGGAACCAGUCUGUCACUGGUACCAACACCUCACUGUGUUUGUCUUACCCAAUCCCUUCAUUGGAAGGACCAGUUCAGCUGCAGCUGCAAACCUCCCUCAACUGGCUACUGAGACCUGGAAAGCUCCAGCCCUGAGCAGCUGCUUCUGCCUGACCCUGUGGAUCUGCCAGCAUCCCCCAGCCUAGCUUUGGCUCAGGUGAUGGCUGCAGAAAGUUUAUAUUCCCUUGGCUGUGGCACAGGAAGUUGGUUCCCAUGGAGCAGGGUAGAGAAGCUUUGUUGGAGAGGCAGACCUUUGUCCCCACCUUCUUGUGGCUGGGUGGGAUGGGCUGCAGCUGAAAACAAGGACUGCUGGCCUGGCUGGUCCCCCAUGACUGCUGGGGCAGAGGCAGAGUUCUCCAUUGGCUGGCAGCUCUGUGCAUUCACUGUUUAGGAUCCCACUUACUACACGAGGAUCCAGUGUUCCCUUAGUCCUGUUCUCACUCAUACCAACAUAGACUUGUGUGACUUCGAGUGACGUACUCAGGGGGUUGAGGUGUUUUGGCAGCACCUUUCUGCCUGUGUCCCCUGCCUGUGGCUGGCAGCUGCCUCUUCAUGGCUGCUCUUCAUUAGCCCACAUCCUGGCAGCAAACAGAGCACCCAGAGGCAUUUCCCCCUGGCUGCUCUAACUCCCUGUUAUGAAAAGCAGCUGCAAGAAUGCACAGGUUGUCUGAAUCUCCCAAACCAAGCAUGUUCAUGUCCUGCAGCAGAGCACAAACCCUUGGCUACAUCCUGCAGCACAGGAGUCAGGGCAGUGCAAACUGAGCCCUCAGCCCCUGCACCCUCUCACACAGCUCCUAAUGGCCCAUGCCAUGCUUCUCUCCUUUCUUCCUUUUCCCAGGAGAGACCAGAUAAGCCUCAGCACCCAGGAGUGGGGAAGAAAGGCACUGGGACAUGGCAGGGCUACCUCAGCUGGCAGCUAUCCUGCCAACCCAGUGCCCCAGGCCAGGCAGCUGUUCUCAUGACCAACAGAGAAGUACCUCCACCAGCAGCACCAGCACUUCCUUCCACCACCUUCCCAGUGGCUGACAGUAUUUGAGGUGGUUGGUGCUUUCCCUUCCUCCUCCCUCUCCUUGCCCUUGCUACUUCCCAUCUCCUUGACCCUUUUCCUGAGCAUCAUGCUUGCCCUGGUCUCAGAUGUGUGGGAGGUGGGAUGCUUCAAGAGCAUCUCUCUGGGCUCAUGGCCCUGCACCCCAGCAGGUGUUGAUAUCCCUUGGUACAUGACAGGGUUUUCAGAGGGGCAGUCACCCACAGGGGUGCAGCCUGUGGCUCUGCAGACAGGACUUGCCCUGCAAGUUGCUUGCCAAAGGCAGCAUUGCUGAUCAUUUCCUUUGGGCACCUGGGGAGGAGAUCAGAGUGACCCAAAUGGGGAAGGUUUGUAAACCUGAAGUGGACACUGACUCAGGCACUUGUGCUGCUGUGCUUAUGCUGUGGGUUUUGGCACCAGCUCACUUGGGCAUGUAUGGGAGAGACAGGUAUGAGUAACAGAGUUGGUUGCUGUGCUGUAUGAAAGUUGCUGGUGCAUUACUUGGGUUCAGAGGCUCCAGUUCACUCACCAUGGAGCAAUGGAGAGGAGGUUCAGGCUGAACAGGAUGAAAAGAGGAGCCCAUGGCUAGUGGCCCCAUCACCAUAGCAGGCCAGCUGAAGGUACACAAGGGGUUGCUCCAGUGCAAGUAAUUAAGUACUAAAGCUCCAGGCUGGAAAUUACGCAUUCCCUGGGUCAAGGGCUGGCAAUGAACAGUGCUGCAGGUAGUGUAAUGCCACAGAGCCAGCUCAGGCUGUUGUACCUGUUUUUAGAAAAACAUGUGCAUGAGCUGGAAUAGCAGGUGAACAAGAUUGUCCUCAGGCAGAGCCCUCCACACCUUCUCCACUGCCUUCUCUGGCUUGCAGGAAUCAGUCCUGGCCUCCUUUUUGCUGCUGGAGCUGUUUGGACAGGAGAUCAGGUGGGGUGCUUACAGGUCAGGGCAAAACAGCAAGCAUGUCCAUGCAGCAUCUCUUCUUCAUGCCUGAGCCACUAAUGUCAAAAAAUUUAAGUUGAGACCUUAAACUUGUUGAGAUCUAGUUGAGAUCUAAACUUAUUUUGCAAGCUGCUUCAUGGUAGGGAUGGCUGCCCCUGCAACCUUCAGUGACCAUGCUUAAUUCCAGGCUUCAGUUUUUCUCAUCUUCAACUUCUCACCUUUGGCUUCUGCCCUUCCUUCUGCCCAUAACAGUACUCUGCUCCUUCUGGCAGUGAGGAGACCUCCUGAGGCAAUGAAGUACCUUGUCCUCCUCACACCCUAUGCAGCCUUAUUUGUCACAUUUCCAACUCUUAGCUCCUUUCUUGUGGUGGUGUUGCUGCUCCUUGGGAUUUCUGUGCCUGUUCUGAAGUUUGGAUAGCUGGACCAGACAUCAAGUUGGCUUUGCCAGAGCUGUAGCUCUGCUUGGAAAUCCUCUCCAUGUCCCUCUGACUCACGGCCCUCAGAGCCAAGGUACUGUGCUGCAGGCUCACGGCAACAGUCAUGUGUGGGGACUGCUCUUUUGCAGCCUUUUUCCUUAAUUUCACCUCCCAGCCUCACUUUCAGGGAGAUUCUCCAUCCUGUGGUACAGCCUGUCUUCUCCAUUCCCAAGAACCUUUCUUUGCAGCCCAUCACUGGGCUGGGGGCUGUUAUAAUUUUCCCAGGCCAUUCAGCUCAUGCUGUAGCAACAAGCAGCGUUCAGUGUUUUAUCAGCCCCAAAUGUAAGCCUUCAUCUUGUUAUCCAGAUUAUUGAUAUUAAGACCUAUUAAAUGGCACUGGACCAGGGGUCACUGGGGGUCUAGGUAGGCUUUCUGUUGUUGAUGUCUCCCCAUUAAGCCUUGGCUCACUGACAGAUCUCAGAAUGCAGCUGUUAAUACAUGUAGUUGUUAAUCUACUUGAGUCUUAUUAAUUCUUUAUAAUACAUACUUUUAAUUAAAAUCCUGCAGCAUUAUUGAAAGCAGUGGAGAAGGCAAAGUGUUCUCUAUAAAUGCUCCUACUCUCAGCACCCAGAACUUUCCUUUUGCCCAGGAAGGAUUUUCCCUGUGUAACAACCUCAGGAUGCCUUUAGCUGUGCUUUCACCUACAGUCUGGGGCUCUCUGCCAUUUCUCUGCCCAUUGCUUUGACCCUUUAGGUUAUGCUGGCCUCCUACCAGCUGACCAUUCAUUAAAAAUUAACACGUGUUUGGGAGACUCUGUGAUUAAAUCAUCAAAUUGUUUGCAAAUUACUUGGGCCUGUAGCAUGAGUGUGGCUGGUUUGGGGAGCUGCAGCCUCUUCUUGUGCUACUGCUUUGCUGAAUAUCCUCCUCUCUGUGACAGCAUGUGAGAUGGAAUCACUCCUGCCGUUCCCAUUUGAGAGGAGGCAGUGGCUGGAUGGUGCCUGCCUGCCUCACCUGACUCUUCCAGCUGUUUUUAUGGUAUGAAAGGGGAUGGGGUAAUGCCUGUCUGGAGAGCUCAAGAUGAAGCCAUUGAGGUUCACAGCCAUCACAGUUCUAAGCGUCUCAGAAAUUCAAGUUUAUUCAGCAAUCAUCUCAGAAAUUCAAAGACAGCACUUCUGGCUUCAGAGAGGCAGCAUGGCCACAGCUGGAGCUGGGUUCAUUCAAGGUUCCUGCAGCACUGGCAUGAAGAAAUGCACUGUGAUACCAGUGCUGGCACCUGGGCUGAGCAAGACUCCCUGUUUCACUCCCAGAUCUCAGGUAGGCUUCACUGGGGAGACUGCUGGUAGGGGGGGGAGGUUAUUUUACCUGGUUUCUUAAGGAGAAGAAUUAAAGAGGAAACCUUCACCUAGCCUAUUAUUUUUAGGAGGCUGUGUUCAUGGUGUGCAGCCUGGUAACUAGUCAGUGCACAGAUUCUACAGUGACCAUUGUCACUCUGGACAGAAUGGGUAAAAUAUUAACAGGCAUUGCAAAAUACUUCCCAGACAGUCAAACCAGCCUGCAUGCCAGCAGGCACUGCUUGGUUCUGUGCUCUCCUCUCUUGCAUGGUGCAGUAACCUACUGAGGGCAAGACAUUUGCUCCUGGACAACUCACCAGGGCUUAGCAAAUCUUCCUAAGGCCAAGCUCAGCUCAGCUAAGCACCCCCAACCAUGACAUCCAUGAUUCUAGGACAAGGGAGCAAGUGAGGGAGGUGUGUGGGAGUGGAGGUGUCUCCAACGAGCAAACUCCAUUCCUCAGUUCCUGGAUGUGCAGCUGAGAUACAGGUGGUCCUAACCUGCCAGCAGGGGGUCCGGAAAAGAUUGGAGACAAUCCUGCCUGAAUCCUUAUCCUGAUGCUGUGGUAGAAAGGACUAAUGCAGCUCUUUAAGUCAGAAAAUAGGAAAAGCAGAUUAAAUCCCUGUGUCAAAGCAUUAGGGAGGCUCAUUGUGGGAUUCUAUAUCUUGAAAAGGAUUCAGGAAAAUCAGAGAGGCUCUAUAGAGCAGAAACACAAAAAUUGGCUUGAGGGUGGGAGGAAAAGCCUGGCAGAAAGAGAAUUAAGCGAGUCAGUAUAUUUAGCUUUUCUGAGAGGGGGUUUGCCUGCAGCAUAUGUGUAGUGUCACAAAGAGAAAAUGCCAGGCUCUGAAAGGCUCUUUAAUCAAGCAGAAGGCAGAAUAAAAUGGUAUGUCUGCAAGCUGAAGCCAGACACAGAGAGGUGGGAUUCUCUUCUGAACGUGAGGGUGAGGGACUCCUGAAACAGACCCAGAAAAGUGGGAGUCUUCAAUGAUUGUCUUCAAUUCAAGCCUACCUCCUCUCUUGGAAACUAUGAGUGAACCAAACAUAGUGUAUUGGAAUUACUGCAAGGAGAUGAACUGCUGAGCAGGGUGCUGGCCAGGGGCUUGCACUUGCAUGACUGCCUGCCAGGUGGGACCAUUGGGUCACAUCCUCUGAGGAAGAUCCUUGGAAAGCUGCUCCACUCAGGCAGAGUACUUGGGGAGGAAAUCAGGCAGGCUCCAGAUGUUUACCUGCUCCCAAAGUGGUCGUGUAGAAGAGCAGAUUUAAUGUGAAGAUGGGACUCUUGGUGUUUAUGCGUAACCUGCUGCUAGCCCUCUGCCUCUUUCUGGUUCUGGGAUUUCUGUACUAUUCUGCUUGGAAGUUGCACCUUCUCAGAUGGGAGGAUUCAAAUUCAGUGGUUCUUUCCUUUGACUCCGUUGGACAUACAAUAGGCUCAGGAAGGAGAGAGAGAAAAACUGUGGCUAUUGUGCUUCCGCUGUCCAUCCCAUCUCACCUUGCUGCAGACCCAGGAAAAGACAGAGCCCAGAAAGAACCCACAGAAACCAUGGCAGCUCCAGGCCCAGCCAUUCCCAAAUAUGACAAACUGGGCUUUCUCCUGAACCUGGACUCAAAAUUGCCUCCAGAACUAGCAUCAAAGUAUGCCAAUUUCUCUGAGGGAAUGUGCAAGCCAGGCUAUGCAUCAGCGCUCAUGACUGUCAUCUUCCCAAAGUUCUCGAAGCCGGCACCAAUGUUCUUGGACGAUUCCUUCAGGAAAUGGGCACGUAUCAGGGACUUUGUACCCCCCUUUGGAAUUAAAGGACAAGAUAAUCUGAUCAAAGCCAUCCUGUCAGCAACCAAAGAUUAUCGUCUAACUCCAGCUCUUGACAGCCUCAGCUGCCGGCGAUGUAUCAUUGUGGGAAAUGGUGGAGUACUUGCAAAUAAGUCAUUGGGGUUAAAAAUUGAUGACUAUGAUGUUGUUGUCAGGCUGAACUCGGCUCCUGUGAAGGGCUUUGAAAAGGAUGUGGGUGGCAAGACAACACUCCGGAUCACAUAUCCCGAAGGUGCAAUCCAGAAAAUGGAGCAGUACGAGAAAGAUUCCCUGUUUGUCCUGGCAGGAUUCAAAUGGCAGGAUUUCAAGUGGCUGAAAUACAUUGUUUACAAGGAGAAAGUGAGUGCCUCUGAUGGCUUUUGGAAGUCAGUGGCAACCCGUGUGCCAAGGGAGCCCCACGAGAUCCGUAUCCUGAACCCCUACUUUAUCCAGGAGGCAGCGUUCAGCUUCAUUGGACUGCCCUUCAACAACGGCCUCAUGGGCAGAGGGAACAUCCCCACCCUGGGAAGCGUAGCAAUAACCAUGGCACUGCACAACUGUGACGAGGUGGCGGUGGCUGGCUUUGGCUACGACAUGAGCUCACCCAAUGCACCGCUGCACUACUAUGAGAACAUCAAGAUGUCUGCCAUCAAAGAGUCCUGGACGCACAACAUCCAGCGGGAGAAGGAAUUCCUGAGAAAGCUGGUGAAAGCCCGAGUCAUCACUGACCUCACCAGUGGGAUCUGAGUGGCUGCAGCCACUGCAUCCAAGGGAGGAGAUGAAGACACGCUGCAGCUCUGGGAGCAGGCACUGGCAGCCCCCUGCAAGAAUCCCACCUCACUGAAGACACACAGAGAUGCCCAGGUGCUCUGGGAACACCCUCUUGCAUUGCCAGUCUGCAUGAGGGUUCCAUCUCCCACCUCCAGGCCCAGAGCUGGCAGGAGGUGGGCAAGGGGCUGAGUGGACAGUUCUUGAACUCUGCAUCGCAGACAGAUCUUCUGCAUCCUGAAUUAGACAGGAAAGACUCAGGAGAGAGAAGAAAGGUUUGUGAAUACAAUGAUCAGUGCCAAAUGGGAGGUGAUGCUGCCCCUAGGCAGCAAAGCCUGAAUGUACAAAGUAUUAUUUUUUAAAAGACUCUGCUGGAACCAUACUAGAAAUACCAAGGUACAAGACAAAGUCUGCUUGCGCACAGCCCUGUGAAAAACCUGGCCUCUUCAUGCUCCAUCUGCAUUGUCACCAGCCUCUGACCUUUCCCCAGGAAAACAAAUCCAUCCAAAACUUCGGUGUCAUUGGUGCUGCUACGAUUCAAAGGGAGAAUAAUGGCUUCCUCUCAUUCUCCACUUGGAGCUUCAGGAUGGAGAUGAGCAUGGGUUUGUUUUUCUGCAUUUUUCCUCACAUCCUCCACAGAGGCAGCAACAGCAGCCACUGACUUGGCUGUAUUUUCCAUAGCCAUUUGCUCUGCCUCUGCCCUGACCUGAGGUGGAGCAGGGAGCCAGUGGCUUUCUCUGCCUACAGCAGACCCUCCCCACUUUCCUGCCUGUCACAAUGCAGCGGAGCCUGCCCUGUUGUGCUGAAGGCUUUCAGGCCUCUUGGUUUGUGCCUGCUGUGCAGGGCCCCUGAAGAGUCCGUGCAGACUUGUGUCACUGUUUCUGGACAGCAUCUCGCUUUGGUUUUGUGUGGGAGGGGAGUAAUUUAUUCUUUGGAAGGAGGUCAGAUCUUGAGCAGAGAUCUCAAGCUUUACAGUUUGAGAGCAGACUGCUGAAGAUGUUUGUUUUACGUUCCAGACUCAAUCAUGUUCCCUAUUUAAGCGACGUGUGACCUCAAUGAUGAUGGAACCUGAUGGGAACUCUCACCCUCUGCUCGGCCCCUGCUCACUCCAUUUCCAAGCUCCUCCUGUGCUGCUCUAGCACUGCUGCUCCUCCUGCUCUCAGGAGCACGUCCUUCCUUUGCCCUCUUGGUCCCAAGAUGCACUAUUUGCACAUUUGAUUUGUAUACGUAUUUCAGAGGAGCUGGAAUAAACUGAUCAACGUGGCCAAGUGCGAGGGCAGCAAGGGUGGUCUCGUCCACCUGAAGAGCGUGGGCAGGAGGGAGGUUGCCAAGGGAAAGAGCAGUUCCAUGUGGAAAGUGGCUCCUGUGCUCUCCUGGCCUGGAGCAGGCUGGAGUGCACCCACAGGCGCUGUCCCAGUACCUGGGUGUCAAUGCACUGGCACAAACCAGCCAGUGCUGGGCUCAGUGGAGGGGGAUCCCAGAGGGAUGUGGGUUGGGCUCAUGGUCCUGACACUGUGUCUGACACAGGCCAAGGAUUGCAGUCUGUCUUGCUCUGGACUGAAGGAAGCAUGACCCUGGCAUGCUCAGAGCAGGGCUCGCAUGGCUCCCCUAGACCAGCUCUGCACCUGCAGGGAUUGUGGCUUUGGACCUGAGACCCCCAAGGGGGUGUGCAGGAGGGGCAGACCAGCAAACAGUACAGGAUGGUUUGAGAGCAGGCUGCAGGCAGAGGCAGCUCCCAGGACAUGGCACUGAGUGCUGCUUAGAUCGGUGUGGGAUGCCUCCCUCAGGAGCCUCUCCUGCCUGCUGUGCCUGUAGCCAAGGAGCUUGCUCAGGGGCAAGUCCUGCCCAGCUUCUUGUUGUGGCUGCUGUUUUCCUUGUUAUCUGGGAGCAGCUCAAAGUUCCUGCUGUUUCUGGGCUGCAGAAGGCAUGUUGGGAGGCUCUCCUUCCCUUUACCCUUCCCAUGUCCCAUCCCUACUGCUCUGGCCUCCCAGCCAGGCAGUCCCCGUUCCCCAGGGACAUGUCUCCUUUCAGGAUGCUCUGGGAGGUUUGCAGCAGGUUUUUGAGCAUAUGCUGUGGCAGAUAUUCCUUGUAAGUAUCUCCCAAAUUGUUUAUCCUUCUUGCAGACUCCAUGGGACUGAAUUUCCAUGGCUCUCACCAGGCAACCCUCCUUUUGCAGUUCCUGGCUGUCAGCCUGGCCUUGGGACCAUCUUCUGUUGAGUCCCAGCCAUGCUGGCAGGGGGAAUGCUUGGUCUGGGUCUGGCUGAGGCUGUGGCUGGGGAAGGGUUGACACCCACUCUCUCAGACUUGGUGCUUUGACCAGCUGCCAUGAGAGCCCUAGGGCUGCAUCCAUGGGCUGCAGUGAGCUGAGGUGGCAGAGUGGGCAGCUGCAUCUGCAAGGAGGAGGGAAGAGCCUUUGGUGUCGCUGCUGGGACCCCCACAGAGGGUUGUUCAAUUGCAUUAUUGAACACUACAAAGCUCCAGAGCACUUUUAUCUUCCAACUCACUGGCUCCAGGUCCAAGAACACAGCAUGGCCUCUGCUCAGCCUUCCCUGUCAUCCCAGCUCUCCAUCACAGCCAUGAAUAGGUCCUGAUGGAAAGUUGACCCUACAGACAGGGAGGUGACUCCAAGCCCUUCCCUCCACCUUGACAGGGGUCUCCAGGCAGAAGAGUCCAAGUGGAAUAGAUGAAUGCAUGGUCCAUAGUGACUGUGGUGGGUCAGGACCACCUGCAUGCAGAAGGAAAGAGCAUUUUGGGGACCAAGACUCUCCUCUGGCUCACUGACACCACAGAGCAGCCCGUGGCCAGGUGAUGGGGCUCCAGCUUCAGGAGCAGUGCACAGCACUGGGUUUUGCUGCUGGGUGCUGUUCUUUUGGCUGCCUCCCCAGGUGCACCUGCAGCCACCUCCCGCCCUGGAGACGCCGCGGUGCGGGUCAGAGCAGGGUCAGUGGGACGGAUGUGAGUCUUGGCCUCUCCCUCACAGUGACUCACCUUGUCAGAUCGGAAGGGAGAGCCCAGGGGAAUUCUCCACAGCCUAAAUAUAGAGCGGGGUUGCCUGGUGCCUCUGAUGGGCCAUGGUGCAGAAAGGCCACUCGGGCGGCAGGGAACUGCCUGGAGACAGCCCAGGGAAACACAGGGAGACCAGGGGCAGCAACCACAGUGGGUUUUGCUCCAGCCAGUGCAGAGAGCAGGUCUGGGGAGCUGCAGGGCAGUCUGCAUGUGCUGCUCUGCAGGACAGGAGGUGCUGGAGAGCUGCUGCUGCUGUGCUGACAACACCAUGAGCUGCUUGAGCAUUUGUGUCAGUGACCACCACACUGGCUCUGGGAUCCCACCACCAGCUCACCCUGUUAGGCCUGGCCAUGCUGUGUCCUCGAGCUCACACGUGCCAAAGGUAAGCACCAUGGCCAGGUAGCAUGAGGCAGCAGUGGGAUCCAGCCCAGCAUUCCUCAUCCCAUCAUCUCUGGGCUUCCAGUGUCUCCUUCCUUGGAGGGAGAAGUGGAGAGGUGCUGCCUGGCCAUGCUGUGCCACCCCUUGAGUGUGAGCACUGCUGGGAGGGGGGGAAGGUGUCAGGACAGGGCCAUCUGUGUCAGAUGGGCACAGUUGGGUUGGGUAUGGGCAGAACUGGACACGGACAAGGGCUUCCAGAGUGUUAGGCAGGGAGGCAGCCACCACACUGAGCUCCAUGGGCACCAGCACAGUGUGUGCUCUCAGUCCAAGUGUGUGUCACUCACAGUAUUAGAGACGUGUCCUUCAGUGCAGGAGCCCCUUUGGGGCACAGCCCAGCCCCUCUGGGCUCUGGCUCCUUGCACAGUCUGCACAGGGUCUUGAAAAGGCCAGUGCAUUUGCCGGUACUGUACCAAGCCAAGAUGCAAGAACUCAAUGAGUUUUUAAAAUUAGUUUUAGUUUCUGCAUUUUUUUAAAAUUUUCCCUCUAGGCAGGGAGGGUAAGAGUCUUGCAGGCUCCUCCAAGCCGGCUUAUGUCACAUCAAUUCAGUCAUAUCACAAAAGCAAUAAAGCUAUCAAACAAG